CCUGCCAUCACAGACAUUUGGAUGAGACAGCCUCUGUAGUCUGCGUCAUGCCUGCCCCUGCCUCCCAGCUCCAUCUUCCUCAUGCUUUCCUGCUGCUGAUUCUGCUGCUGGAGCUGACAGGGGCAGCAGAGAAGAAGCUGCAGGUGACUCAGCCUGACAAGUCUGUGUCGGUGAAAGCUGGAGACUCCGUGACCCUGCGCUGCAGCGUAAAUACCCCCUUGCAGCCCAAGGAGCUUAUGAAAUGGUUCAAGGGGGCUGGGCCAGGCCGGAAGAGAAUCUAUGACUUCAAGGGAGGCCAGUACCCCCGAGUCACAGCCCUCUCAGACCACACAAAGCAAAACAACAUGGACUUUUCCAUCCGCAUCAGUGAUGUCACCACAGCAGACACUGGCACCUACUACUGUGUGAAGUUCCGGAGAGACGGUACUGCGGAAAAGGAGCUUAAGUCUGGACCGGGCACACAGGUGUCUGUGCAAGCCAAGCCCUCCAACCCUGAGGUGUCUGGUCCUGCGGUGAGGGCAGCCCCUGAGCAGACCGUGAGCUUCACCUGCAAGUCCCAUGGCUUCUCACCCCGCAACAUCAGCCUGAGAUGGUUCAAGAAUGGCAAUGAGCUCUCUGCCUUCCAGACCAGCGUGGAGUCUAUGGGAAACAGCGGCUCCUACAACGUCUCCAGCAUCGCCCAGGUGGUCUUGGACCCUGGGGACGUGCACUCACAGGUCAUCUGUGAGGUGGCCCACGUCACGCUGCAGGGGAGGCCUCUUCGUGGGACUGCCAACUUGUCUGACAUCAUCCGAGUUCCCCCUACCGUGAAGGUCACACAGCAGCAUAUAGGAACAGGGACCCAGGUGAUUGUCUACUGCCACGUGGACAAGUUCUACCCCCAGCGUGUGCAGCUGACCUGGCUGGAGAAUGGAAAUAUGUCCCGCUUGGAGACGUCCUGGACACUGGUGGAAAACAAGGAUGGGACCUACAACCACACGAGCUCUCUGUUGGUAAACUCCUCUGUCCAAAUGGAGGACCUGGUGCUCUCCUGCCGGGUAGAGCAUGACGGGCAGCCAGCAGUUACCAGAAACUACACCCUGCAGCUCUCGGCCCAGCCCAAGGAGCCCUACACAAACCCCAUCCUUGGUGAGGCUACCCCUCUAGCUGGCCUGGCUGUUUUCAAAUUUUACUUGACUGUUGUCCUUUUUCAAAUCAUGUGAGAAGUGAUAGUCUUGCUCAUUAUAGAGUUAUCUAGAAGACUAUAAAUAUCAAGCAGAGUUUUAAAGCCAGCUCCCUCCUCCAAAUUCCAUGCUCAAGAGUAACCACCACUGAGUUUGGGGCAUGUCAUCAUGUCCUAUUGCUGUUCUGGCAUCAGCAGAUGGGAGAGGACCCGAUGCGAGUGACAGGCGUUUCCUGGAGAAGCAGCAAAGAGGCCCACUCUGCUCUCCUGCCACAGGCAUCUCUCAGAGCUUUGUAGAAUCUUCCAUGCAAACCUUGGGUCUCCAGAAAUCUUUUCAGAAGUUGGAAAAUGUAGGAAGCAGUUUUCAUAGUAGCUCAAAGCUCUAUAUUGUAUUCCUUUCCUGUUGAGCGAUUGAUGAUAGAUUUGUGCUUUUUGAGGAAUUUUUGGUUUAUUAUAUCAAACUUGUCUAUUUCUGUAGGCUAACUGAUCCCAGCAACCCCUAUUAUUUUUCCUAUGUCUGUAGUGCCUGUAGUGAUAGCCCCUGUUUCAUUGAUGGUAUUGGAAAUCUGUCACUUCUCUUUUUUACUUUGCUAGCUUGACUAGAAUUUUUUUUUUUCAUUUUUAUUCAGCUUUUCAAAGGAUGAGCCCUCUGUUCAGUUUCUCUGCUGCUUUCAAUUUCAUUGGUUUUCUGUUCUUUCAUUUUCCCCCUUUUCCUUCCUUAUUGGGGUUCUUUGCUUCUCUCUGCCCAUUUUCUUAAGGGAGAGACUUUCCCACAUUUUCUUGUGUUGCCUUCUGCAGCUGGGGCCUGGGAGUUGGGUUUGGUGUUGGUGUUGGGUCCUAUGGAGUCUGAUUGUGUUGUCAUUUUCCAGGCCUCAGGUCCCUGCCUGUCUGCUUUUCUCCUUCAACUUUGAAAUCCCCUUCUGCAGGCUCCUUGUAGCAUUUCUAGGAUUCAUAGCUGCCAUUACCAGGAAAUUGUGAGGAGGAAUGAGUCUGCCCCACUUGACUGACUUGUGUCUGCUUUUCAGUCUCUGUUCACCUGUAGAGCCCAGAGCUUCCUGCGAGCUUUCAGCUUCCUGACAUCCUUGCUGACACUGGGGCUGGAUAUUUGUGUGGGCAGCAGCUACAUGUUCCUGCCACACCAGCAUUUGCAUAGGUUACCCCAGUCAUCACAAUCCCAGGUUCCAUGGGGAUAUGUAUUUUGAUUGCCCAGGCUUGAGUUUUUCAGGUACUCUACAAUG